GUUGGGCGCUCUGCUUUAGUGGUCCGAGGUGUGGUCUGUACCCUCCUGUGUCAGCCUCCUGUGUCAGCCUCCUGUGUCAGCCUCCAGUGUCAGGCUCCUGUGUCAGGCUCCUGUGUCAGGCUCCUGUGUCAGGCUCCUGUGUCAGGUUCCUGUGUCAGGCUCCUGUGUCAGCCUCCUGUGUCAGCCUCCAGUGUCAGGCUCCUGUGUCAGGCUCCUGUGUCAGGCUCCUGUGUCAGGCUCCUGUGUCAGGCUCCUGUGUCAGGCUCCUGUGUCAGCCUCCUGUGUCAGCCUCCAGUGUCAGGCUCCAGUGUCAGCCUCCUGUGUCAGCCUCCUGUGUCAGCCUCCAGUGUCAGGCUCCAGUGUCAGCCUCCUGUGUCAGCCUCCUGUGUCAGGCUCCAGUGUCAGCCUCCUGUGUCAGCCUCCAGUGUCAGGCUCCUGUGUCAGGCUCCUGUGUCAGGCUCCUGUGUCAGGCUCCUGUGUCAGCCUCCAGUGUCAGGCUCCAGUGUCAGCCUCCUGUGUCAGCCUCCUGUGUCAGCCUCCAGUGUCAGGCUCCUGUGUCAGGCUCCUGUGUCAGGCUCCUGUGUCAGGCUCCUGUGUCAGGCUCCUGUGUCAGGCUCCUGUGUCAGGCUCCUGUGUCAGGCUCCUGUGUCAGCCUCCUGUGUCAGCCUCCUGUGUCAGCCUCCUGUGUCAGCCUCCUGUGUCAGCCUCCUGUGUCAGGCUCCAGUGUCAGCCUCCUGUGUCAGCCUCCUGUGUCAGGCUCCUGUGUCAGGUUCUUGUGUCAGCCUCCAGUGUCAGGUUCUUGUGUCAGCCUCCUGUGUCAGGUUCUUGUGUCAGCCUCCAGUGUCAGGUUCUUGUGUCAGCCUCCUGUGUCAGCCUCCUGUGUCAGGCUCCAGUGUCAGCCUCCUGUGUCAGCCUCCUGUGUCAGCCUCCUGUGUCAGCCUCCUGUGUCAGGCUCCAGUGUCAGCCUCCUGUGUCAGCCUCCAGUGUCAGGCUCCAGUGUCAGCCUCCUGUGUCAGCCUCCUGUGUCAGCCUCCUGUGUCAGCCUCCUGUGUCAGCCUCCUGUGUCAGGCUCCUGUGUCAGCCUCCUGUGUCAGGUUCCUGUGUCAGCCUCCUGUGUCAGGUUCCUGUGUCAGCCUCCUGUGUCAGGUUCCUGUGUCAGCCUCCUGUGUCAGGUUCCUGUGUCAGCCUCCUGUGUCAGGUUCCUGUGUCAGCCUCCUGUGUCAGGUUCCUGUGUCAGCCUCCUGUGUCAGGUUCCUGUGUCAGCCUCCUGUGUCAGGUUCCUGUGUCAGCCUCCUGUGUCAGGUUCCUGUGUCAGCCUCCUGUGUCAGGUUCCUGUGUCAGCCUCCUGUGUCAGGUUCCUGUGUCAGCCUCCUGUGUCAGGUUCCUGUGUUAGCCUCCUGUGUCAGGUUCCUGUGUCAGCCUCCUGUGUCAGGUUCCUGUGUCAGCCUCCUGUGUCAGGUUCCUGUGUCAGCCUCCUGUGUCAGGUUCCUGUGUCAGCCUCCUGUGUCAGGUUCCUGUGUCAGCCUCCUGUGUCAGGUUCCUGUGUCAGCCUCCUGUGUCAGGUUCCUGUGUCAGGUUCCUGUGUCAGCCUCCUGUGUCAGGUUCCUGUGUCAGCCUCCUGUGUCAGUCUCCUGUGUCAGGUUUUUGUGUCAGCCUCCAAGUGUCAGCCUCCUGUGUCAGGCUGCUGUGUCAGGCUGCUGUGUCAGCCUCCUGUGUCAGGCUGCUGUGUCAGCCUCCAAGUGUCAGCCUCCAAGUGUCAGCCUCCAGUGUCAACCUCCAGUGUCAGCCUCCAAGUGCCAGCCUCCAGUGUCAGCCUCCAGUGUCAGCCUCCAGUGUCAGCCUCCAAGUGUCAGCCUCCAAGUGUCAGCCUCCAGUGUCAGCCUCCAAGUGUCAGCCUCCAGUGUCAGCCUCCAGUGUCAGCCUCCAGUGUCAGCCUCCAGUGUCAGCCUCCAGUACCAGCCUCCAAGUGUCAGCCUCCAAGUGUCAGCCUCCAGUGUCAGCCUCCAGUGUCAGCCUCCAGUACCAGCCUCCAAGUGUCAGCCUCCAAGUGUCAGCCUCCAAGUGUCAGCCUCCAGUGUCAGCCUCCAAGUGUCAGCCUCCAAGUGUCAGCCUCCAAGUGUCAGCCUCCAGUGUCAGCCUCCAGUAGUGUGCCAGAGUGUGCCAAGGUGUGCCAGAGUGUGCCAGAGUGUGCCAGAGUGUGCCAAGGUGUGCCAGAGUGUGCCAGGGUGUGCCAGAGUGUGCCAAGGUGUGUCAGUGUGUGCCAGAGUGUGCCAGAGUGUGCCAAGGUGUGCCAGAGUGUGCCAGGGUGUGCCAGAAUGUGCCAAGGUGUGUCAGUGUGUGCCAGGGUGUGCCAGAGUGUGCCAGGGUGUGCCAGAGUGUGCCAAGGUGUGUCAGUGUGUGCCAGGGUGUGCCAGAGUGUGCCAAGGUGUGUCAGUGUGUGCCAGGGUGUGCCAGAGUGUGCCAAGGUGUGCCAGAGUGUGCCAGAGUGUGCCAAGGUGUGCCAGCAGAGGGACGCCGUGCUCCAUGACGGCACUCACAGUCUGGGUGAAACUGUGUCACAUGGCUGUGUCACACCGCUGUGUCACACCGCUGUGUCACAUGACUGUGUCACACCGCUGCGUCACACCGCUGUGUCACACCGCUGUGUCACACCGCUGUGUCACAUGGCUGUGUCACAUGACUGUGUCACACUCAGAUAUGCAACCUUGGAAAAGCCAGGAGGCCUCCUGGAGACUGUUAGGAGACCUCCUGGAGACUGGCAGGAGGCCUCCUGGAGACUGUUAGGAGACCUCCUGGAGACUGUUAGGAGACCUCCUGGAGACUGGCAGGAGGCCUCCUGGAGACUGGCAGGAGACCUCCUGGAGACUGGCAGGAGGCCUCCUGGAGACUGGCAGGAGACCUCCUGGAGACUGGCAGGAGGCCUCCUGGAGACUGGCAGGAGGCCUCCUGGAGACUGGCAGGAGGCCUCCUGGAGACUGGCAGGAGGCCUCCUGGAGACUGGCAGGAGGCCUCCUGGAGACUGGCAGGAGGCCUCCUGGAGACUGCUAGGAGGCCUCCUGGAGACUGGCAGGAGACCUCCUGGAGACUGGCAGGAGGCCUCCUGGAGACUGGCAGGAGGCCUCCUGGAGACUGGCAGGAGGCCUCCUGGAGACUGGCAGGAGGCCUCCUGGAGACUGGCAGGAGGCCUCCUGGAGACUGGCAGGAGACCUCCUGGAGACUGGCAGGAGGCCUCCUGGAGACUGGCAGGAGGCCUCCUGGAGACAGGCAGGAGGCCUCCUGGAGACUGGCAGGAGGCCUCCUGGAGACUGGCAGGAGGCCUCCUGGAGACUGGCAGGAGGCCUCCUGGAGACUGGCAGGAGGCCUCCUGGAGACUGGCAGGAGGCCUCCUGGAGACUGGCAGGAGGCCUCCUGGAGACUGUUAG